UUACGUCGUCGUGUAUUCGUGUGUGUGUGUGUGCGUGCGUGUGUGUAGUGUGAUAUGAGUGCUAAAUAUCACAAGGAGAAGAAGAAGCAGCAGCAGCAGCAUAAAAAUGCAUCCAGCGGGCGAAAAAAGGGGUCGCCCCAAUGAUAAAUACACAGCGAAAGCACUCGAGAGCAUUAAACAGGAUCUAACACGAUUCGAAGUACAAAAUAAUCAUAAAAAUAAUCAGAAUUACACACUGCGAUAUACGGCCGCCAAUGGACGGAACGACGGCACCGAUUACCACCAUGCCAAGCAGCUGCCCCUGGAAUCAUCGCCGCUGGCCUCAGCCUCAUCCCCCUCGCCGGAUGUGGCCACUGCUAAUGCUGUUGUGCCCCAGCUGGUUGCAGCUCAACAGCAGCAGCAGGGGCAGCUGCAACAGCAGGGUCAGGUGCAGGUGCAGGUGCAGCAGGGAGUUGCCAAUGCCGUUGCCAAUGGUCAUGUGCCAAAGAUGAUCAAUGCGCUGAUGCCGCCCAAAUUGAUACGCAAACCAAGCAUCGAGCGGGAGACGCCAACGCACUAUUUACGCUGCAGUCCCGCCUUGGAUUCCGGCGCUGGCAGUUCCCGUUCGGACAGUCCACAUUCGCACAGCCAUCAGCCGAUGAGUGGCAGGACGAGCACUGGCCAAUAUUCACCGUCGCCGAGCAGUUUUAGUGAUGCAACGCCGCCGGCGCCACCGCCACGCAAUCCACAGCUGGGCAGCUCGGCGACGCCACCGCCACCGCCGCCCACCAAUCAGUCGAUAUUCAAGCGACGCUCACCGGCCCUGAAUCGCCCAGCGGCAAUUGCGCCCAGCUGCACCUCGCCGAGCAUAGCACAAAAUGGCAACAACAACCAGCAGCAGCAGCUCAGCCAGCAGCUAAAGGCGCUCAGCAUGUAUCCGAGUGGUGCAGUGAGCGGUGCUGCUGUUGAGCCACCGCCACCCUAUCUCAUCAAUACGGUGGUGGUGAGUGCAACAGGAGGAGGAGCAGCUGCAGCACCACCACCACCACCGCCCAGCUACACGGCCUCAAUGCAAUCCCGUCAAUCGCCGACGCAAUCGCAGCAAUCCGAUUACCGCAAGUCACCCAGCAGUGGCAUCUAUUCGGCCAACUCGGCCGGGUCACCCAGUCCCAUUACGGUUAGUAGCAGUGGCACAGGCGUGGGCGUGGCCAGGCCUCAGCCACGCGUCUAUCAGACACGCACCCAGCCACCCAUCAUUAUGCAGAGCGUCAAGUCCACCCAGGUGCAGAAGCCCGUACUUCAAACAGCUGUUGCGCCCCAAUCGCCCGUGAGUGCUUCGGCGAGUAAUUCGCCGGUGCAUGUGCUGGCUGCACCGCCAUCCUAUCCACAGAAGUCGGCGGCGGUGGUGCAGCAGCAACAGCAAGCGGCGGCAGCAGCCCAGCAACAUGUGCCAGUUGUUGUCAUUGCGGGAGCGGUGAAGCCACCGACGCCAACAACGCCGCCGCUGCUCAAUGGUGGUGCUGGCAGUGGUGUUGGCAAAGUGGUUGGUUGCAUGGAGCCACCGUCGUAUGCGAAGAGCAUGCAGGCCAAGGCGGCAACAACAACGCCACAGCCACAACAGCUACAGCAGCAACAGCAGCAACAGCAGCAGCAGCAGCAACAACAGCAGCAGCAACAGUUGCAGCAGCAGCAGCAGCAGUUGCAGCAGCAACAAUUGCGAGCGCUGCAAGCACAGCAGCAACAGCAACAAUUGCAACAUCAGCAACAACAGCAACAACUCCACAAUGGGAAUGCGAAUCGGCAGCUGCCACCGCCGCCGCCGUAUCAGAGUGCCAACAAUAACAACAACAACAGCAACCUGCAAUCUGAACUCAAACAACAACCCGCAAGCAUCAACAACAACAUACAAAUCAGCAACAGCAAUUUGGCGACAACGCCACCAAUUCCACCAGCCAAAUACAGCGGAAUUGGCAUGGGCGGUGGCAACAGUUCAAGUGGCAGCAAUGGUUCAACGACAAAUGCAACAGCUGCUGCUGCUGCUGCUGCUGCUGCUGCCGCAGCUGUUGUCGCUUGCAAAAAGAUCAAACACGCCUCGCCCAUACCGGAGCGCAAGAAGAUAUCCAAGGAGAAGGAGGAGGAGCGCAAAGAGUUUCGAAUACGACAAUAUUCACCGCAAGCCUUCAAGUUCUUUAUGGAGCAGCACAUUGAGAACGUUAUCAAAUCCUAUCGUCAGCGCACCUUCCGCAAGAAUCAGCUCGAAAAGGAGAUGUUGAAAGUGGGUCUCUCGGAUGAGACACAAAUCGAGAUGCGUAAAAUGCUCAACCAGAAGGAGUCCAAUUAUAUUCGGCUCAAGCGCGCCAAAAUGGACAAGAGCAUGUUUGUCAAAAUCAAACCGAUCGGUGUUGGUGCCUUUGGUGAGGUGACCCUGGUCCGCAAAAUAGACACCUCGAAUCAUUUGUAUGCGAUGAAGACGCUCCGCAAGGCAGACGUCCUCAAGCGCAAUCAGGUGGCUCAUGUGAAAGCCGAACGUGAUAUUCUGGCCGAGGCCGACAACAAUUGGGUUGUCAAGCUCUACUAUAGUUUUCAGGAUAAGGAUAAUUUAUAUUUCGUCAUGGACUACAUACCAGGCGGCGAUCUGAUGUCGCUGCUGAUCAAGCUGGGCAUCUUUGAGGAACCGCUCGCCCGCUUCUACAUUGCGGAGGUCACCUGCGCCGUCGACAGUGUCCACAAAAUGGGCUUCAUUCACAGGGACAUCAAGCCUGACAACAUACUCAUUGACCGGGACGGACACAUAAAGCUGACCGAUUUUGGAUUAUGCACCGGCUUCAGAUGGACGCACAACUCCAAAUACUAUCAAGAGAAUGGCAAUCACUCGAGGCAGGACUCCAUGGAGCCGUGGGAGGAUAAUUCGGAGAAUGGUCCAAAGCCCACAGUGCUGGAAAGGCGUCGCAUGCGGGAUCAUCAAAGAGUGCUGGCGCAUUCGCUGGUCGGCACACCCAACUAUAUAGCGCCCGAGGUGCUCGAGAGGAGCGGAUAUACGCAGUUGUGCGAUUACUGGAGCGUUGGCGUCAUUCUCUACGAGAUGCUGGUGGGUCAGCCCCCAUUCCUGGCCAACAGUCCCAUGGAGACACAGCAAAAGGUCAUAAACUGGGAGAAGACGUUGCAUAUACCGCCGCAGGCGCAGCUGUCCAUGGAGGCAAUGGAUCUCAUCCGACGGCUGUGCGCCUCUGCCGACAAGCGGCUGGGGAAGAGUGUCGAUGAGGUCAAGGGUCAUGAGUUCUUCAAGGGCAUCGAUUUUGCGGAUAUGCGCAAACAGAAGGCGCCAUAUAUACCGGAAAUUAAGCAUCCAACGGACACAUCCAAUUUUGAUCCGGUGGAUCCGGAUAAGUUGCGCUCGAACGACUCGAAUUUGAGCAGCGGCGAUGAUAUCGAUCUCAAUGAUCGGCAAUUCCAUGGAUUUUUCGAAUUUACCUUUAGACGAUUCUUCGAUGACAGACAACAGCCGGACAUGACCGAUGAUCAGGCGCCGGUCUAUGUAUGAGCUGACAAAAUACCACACACAUAUAUAUAUAUACAUAUAU